AUGGUUCAGAAUUUCGCUGUUUUCCUGAUUCUUUCUCUUUUUGGCGGCUCACUGGGAACAACCACCUCACCUCAGCAACAAACUGACGCCUCAAAAUUACAAGACUUAUGCCAGGUAAGAAAUGCAUAAAGAUGUAAAAAGGACUACUGCGCCCUAGAUUAGGUACACCCAGAAAGCGUUUUAUUACUCUCACGUCGUUAUGAUCAUUUAUUAAAAAGUACCCGUUAAAAGUUUAUGGCAGUUUAUUUAAAAGUCCUCGCUUCAGCAUGAUCUUUCCUCGAAAACCUGAAGCCUGUCCAUUGUUAAUUGUUAAUUUUCUCUGAUUCCAUCCACAAUUCGAGACGAGAUAACGAUUUAAGAGGAUUAUGAUAUUCAAGGUUCAUUCCGUGCCUUGAAAACAAGGGAGACGGCUGGCGGGUAUAGACUUCGUCCAUUUUGGUUCGGAAUCAUUGUUUGCGUGACAGCCACAGGCGUGUAUGAACGUAUUUAUCGUUUCAAUUCCAAAUGAGAAGGAAAUAUAAAUAAUUACGCGAAUUAUUUUUCGUUGCUGUUCUAAAUUAAUCUAAGUAACUAUGACAUGCAUAAUUUCUUCGAGACAAGGUCUGAAAACUGGUAUGGAUUUUAGAGGCCAAGUCUGAAAACGGGUUUAAAAAUGACAUGAUUUGGUCUGAAAUAGAGUCAGGAUUUGGAGAACCGGGUGGCACACCACCACCGCCAAGAAUUCCUAGGAGUAUCCCCCGCCUCGAGUUAUCUAAGAUCCCGUUUCGUCUUCGUCUCUGCUAAGUGCAGGUCAUCUUUUUUUCAACUUCAGCGAUCUAUGCUGGGUUUCCCUGGUAUUCCUGGACCAAAUGGUAUACCGGGAGUGCCGGGAGUGCCGGGCGUCCCGGGGCCACACGGACCCCAGGGAAGAGAAGGUGUAAAAGGACAAAUUGGUGAUAAAGGAUCGGAUGGAAUGCCGGGUCCAAGAGGAGACAGAGGGCGCGAAGGACCCCCUGGGAAGAGUGGACCACGAGGAAUUCAGGGAAUGAAAGGACAGCGCGGAGCUGUGGGAAUUAAAGGAGAGCGAGGAAUUGUGGGAAAUCAAGGAAGAAAAGGAGACAAAGGAGAAAGCGCCAAAGCAAGUCAAGCAAGUGUAGUACCACAAACCAACUGGAAACAAUGUGUGUGGAAAUCAUACAGCGACACUGAUAACGGAAAGAUUAAGGUAAUUAGAAUAAGAAUCAUUAAUAACACACUCCAAAAAAAAUUUAUUCCUUUCUAAAUCAAAAUAAUUCAAAGAAGAACGUCUCCCCUCUUACUUACCGUUUGCCAACACAUUACAUAAAGAACUAAGUUACAUCUCCCUCCACUUUGGUUCUUUUUGAAAGAAAGAAAGAAAGAAAGAAAGAAAGAAAGAAAGAAAGAAAGAAAAAACAUCGUGCGUGUUAAAAUGAUUCCUGGCCAUGUGGAUAAGGACAACAACAAUUGAAGUUAUUACAUAGUUUUUAAAAAAUUAGAAAGUAUUCUUGACUGGAGUAGUUAAUAUCAAUCAUUACACUUGGUUACUCGCCUUACUACAAUAUGUUUGAUUUGUUUGAUUUUAUUCCAGGACUGUGCGUUUAACAAACUGCAGUCUAAUUCAGCGCUCAGAGUCUCAUUCCAGGGCAACAUGAGGGUCCAGGGUAACGACAAGUGCAAUCGCUGGUAUUUCAAGUUCAAUGGAAAUGAAUGCAGUGGACCAAUGACGAUUGAGGCUGCUGUUUACAACAACUGGUCAUCUGGGAACCCUAAUCUGCUGCAUCAUCGGUCAUUUGAGGGGUACUGUGAAAACAUCUCACAAGGGGCGGUCAGAGUGGAAUUAUGGGUAGGACAGUGCAGUGGCAACAACCUGGGUAAUGCUUACACUGGGUGGAAUUCAGUGUCCCUGAUAAUGAUUGAAGAAGUUUCUAGGCCCCAGUCCUAA